GUUUUAAAUUGUUUUUGUGUCUGUCUGUCUGUCUGUCUGUCUGAUUGAAGUCAACUUUUUUUAAGUCAGUCAAAAAUUCAGUCAGACAUUUUUAUAAAAAAACAGACAGACAGACAAAAAAAGAAAAGACGAAAUAAACCUUUAAAUCUCUACACUUUAAUUUUUUUUUAUUUUCAGUAUUUUGAUUUUGGCAACAGACAGCACUUAACCCAUCUGAACACGAUUCAUCUAAUUGAUUGUAUCGUAUCAUCAGUUGAUCUCGUUUAGCAUACUUCAUCCACCUAUCCCAUCCACACCGUUAGGACUGUUAGUGUGUUGAUUGACUGUUGAGACUUUGAAUCAUCAGUGUUAUCAAUCUCACCUCAUUUUCUUUCCCCAUAUAAUCUCAUUCUCAUUCUCAUCCCCCACCCCUCCCCCUUAUAAAACUAAUCAAUAACUUUUUUAUCAACCCCAUCAAGUACCAUCCCCCUUCUAAUCAAUGUCAACUUCUGAAAACAUUGAACCUGCUUCUGAAAAUGGAAGUAGUGGUGGAAGUAGUACCAAUCCCGGGUCUAGAUUUAAUCUAGAGAAAAUAAGAGAUAUUAUAGAGACUAAAAAGACUGCCUAUUUAAAAGGUGUUGCCAAUACAGAUGUGGAUUGGUUUCUAAGAGAUUCUUCCAUAUCAACUUCAAGUCCUAAAUUAUCACCUGCAGAUGUGAUUGAUAAUGAUGAUAGUAAAUUAAAACUUAAUGACACUGGCAAUCAUAGUAAAAAUAAUAAUAUCAAUAACAAUGAGGGAUCUCCUGUUAGAAAACAAAUUUCAAAUUCAUCUAUAUCUCCUGUUAGUUCUCAUCUAACUGCGGGUAUCUCCAAUACAAAUGAUCAUAACUCAAGUAAAACAAAACCUUCCAUUGCUCCUAUUCAAGAAGAAAACAUCGAAUCAGCUUCUUCACCUACUAGUUCUCCACCUCAAAUGAUCAGAAAAAGUAGAUUAAGUGUUUCAAGUUUAACUGGUGCUCCAUCAAAUUCACCACCUUCAAGUGGUUUAUUUUCAAAGUUAAAAGGAAGAUUAGGUCAUUCAUCAUCAUCAUCAUCUCGAGCUUUAAGUCCUCCUUCUUCUCCCAAAUUAGCAUCUGUAAAUACCAUUCCUCCCGUUUUUAAAUCAAAUUAUGCUAUGAAUAAUAAUGAUGUUAAAAAACCCGCCCCUCAAUCUGCACCUGUUUCAUUAUCAAACUCUACUGCUACCACCACUACCACCUAUGCUCCAACACCUACUCAUACUGAAAAUAAUCAUGAUAAUAACAUUGAUCAUUAUAAAUUAACAAGAACUACUUCAAGUCCAGCUAGUGAUAGUGAUCCAAGAUUAGACGAAUACAUUAAAUUUUAUCAACAAAAGGAUAUACGAAGAAGUUCAGUUUCUUCAAGACGUUCAUCUGCGGUUUCAACUAACUCAGGACAAUCUCAUAAUAAUAACAUAUUAAAUCAACCUUCUGCAUCUACCUUACCAAGUGUAUUAAUAAAUUAUGAUGAUGUUCAAAGUAAUUAUUGUCCAAAUUCAUCUAAACCAGAAGCCCCAGUAGAAUCAACUUCAGCUAAGUUAUCAUCAUUAUUUAGAAGAAAAAGUAUAACUUCAUCUCCAAAUCCAAAUUUCAAAGAUUUAAAACCACUUAAAAGAGUUGCUUUCCAUUCAUCUACAUUUCUUAUCGAUCCACCUCAACAAAUCCCAUCUCGAAAUCCAAGAAAGGGAAAUGUAGAAGUAUUAGGGAAUGGGACUAUUAAAAUCCAUCAAUUAUCAGAUGAAGAUCGUAUCGCCAUGGAAAAAUCUCAAUUAGGUCAAGGUGGUGGUAUAGUUGUAGGUGGUACUGGUGCAUUAGGAUUAAUCAAAAAACCAGAAGAUUCAAUGUCAAGUGUUGAUUUAGCAACUACUACUUCGGUUAGAGAUAGUAAUGGUGAAGAAGAUACUGCAAUUGAUAAACAUGCUAGAUCAUUGGGAGUUGAAAAACCAAUGAUUACUCAUCAAAGACAUUCUUAUGAUGUUCCCGUUAAAAAGAUGGCUUUAGACUUGAUGUAUACCAGAUGUUGUCAUUUACGUGAAAUCUUACCGAUUCCAGCUAUAGUGAAACAAAUCCCUAAGGGGUCCAUGGCUCCAUUACCAGUAUUACAAUUAAGAAACCCAACUCCUACCAUGGUUGAAAUUCAAACCUUUGCUGAUUUUAUUAGAAUUGCUCCUAUUAUUUGUGUAUCUCUAGAUGGAGUAAGUUUAUCAAUUGAUCAAUUGAAGAUUUUAUUAUCAGCCAUGAGUGCUAAGAAACAAUUAGAAAAAAUUAGUUUAAGAAAUACUCCUAUUGAUCGUGAAGGUUGGGCCUUAUUAUGUUGGUUCUUAUCCAGAAAUACAGUUUUGAAUAGAUUAGAUAUCACUCAAUGUCCAGCAUUAUCCGUCAAUGUAUUAAAGAAAAGAAAGAAGAAACUUGAUAAUAAGAAAUAUGAAGAAGAAGUCAAACGCAUGUCAUGUAAUCGUGAGAAUCGAUCUGAUAUGGAUUGGUCUUUAUUUGUGGCAACUUUAGUGGCAAGAGGUGGAAUUGAAGAAUUAAUUUUAACAGGAUGUUGUAUUACUGAUUUAGAAGUAUUUGAUAAAUUAAUGAAAUUGGCAGUACUGAAAAAUACUAAUAGAUUAGGAUUAGCUUAUAAUCAAUUAACUCCUAAACAUUUUAAAAUCAUUGUUGAUACUUGGUUAUUUCAAGAUUUUGCUAGAGGUAUUGAUUUAGGGUAUAAUGAUUUCCUGUCAUCCCAAUUCACCAAGAUUUUAUUAGAUUAUAAACGAUUAACCAAGAAUUUUGAUGAUGUGAUUUCUAAAUCAUCAAUUGGGUUUGUUAGUUUGAAUUCUACUAAUAUUACAUUCAGUGAACAAUUUAAAGAAGUAUUUGAAACUAUCUUUAUGAGAUUACCAAAUUUGAAAUAUCUUGAUUUUUCCAAUAAUCAACGAUUAUUUGGAACAUUCUCCAAACCUAAUACUAAUAAUACCAGUUUUACUAUUAUUAACCCUGAUAUUAGUGUGGAAAAAUCAGAUUCAAUUGAUUCUGAUGCUACUACUACUGAUUCAUCAAGUUCAAGUGAGAAUUCAGCAACUCGUGAUUUAGGAUUAAGUGAAUCAGCCAUUGCAUUAUAUUUCACGUCGAAAUUUCCUCUCAUGCCAAAAUUAAUUCGAUUACAUCUUGAAAAUAAUAAUUUUAGUAAUUCUUCAUUAAUGUCAAUUGCUAAAGUUAUUCCCUUUUGUAAGAAUUUAGGAUAUCUUUCCUUAUUAGGAAACCAUAUUGAUGUUUCAUCUGCAUCUGCUUUAAUUAAUGGGUUAAAGAAUUCUAAAACUUUAAUUACAUUAGAUUGUGAUCUUGAGAAUUUCCCUGAUUUAUUUAAAGAAAGAAUUGGGUUAUAUACAAUGAGAAAUAUGGAAAGGUUGUUAUAUGCUAAUAAGAAGAGUGAACUUUCAUUAAGUGACACUACUACUAUUUCAGAUGAAGUUAAAUCAGAAUCAUUAGCUGAACAAUUGAAUCAUAUUUUAUUAGCCAAAGCCAAAUCCCAAAUUGAUUUAAAAUCACCUGAAAUAUCGAAAUUCAUUCUUCGAGCUCAAAAUAUUCGUCGGGAAUUAAGAAAUACCAUUGAUGAAUUAUUAAAACUUCAAUUGAAAAAUGAAUUAGAUUUAGAUGGUAAAGAAACAUUAAUCAGAUUUAUAUUCAUUGAUUCAUCGAUUGAAAAAGGAUUACAAUUGAUUGAUCCAUCAUUAAUUGAAACCGAUAAGAAUACACCUGCUCUGUUUAUAUCAGGGGCUGAAGAUGAAAAGAAAUUAACUAAGAUCACAUCUGAGUUCAAUGAUGAUCAAAAUACUCUUGCUGUACCUCAAUCUCAAGAUAUUAGACCUAGUGCAUCACCAUUAUCGAUGUCGAGAUCAACUUCAAGAACAAAUCUUAAUAAUUUAGAUCGUCAAGAAGGAUCAGUAUUGAAAUUAAGUAAAUUACAUGAUUUCCAUCAUAUUCAUAGUAAUUCAUUGGAUGAUAUGUCGGGAGAAGAUAUGAGAAAGAAAUUGAAAUCGAUUGAAUUUACUGAUCUUGAUAAGAUUAUUGGAUAUUUAGGUAGAUUAAAAGAACAAGGAAUCUCAUUAGAGAAAGUGUUUAAUAAUCAAGGAAAAGAUUUCAAUAAACAAUUUCAAAAGGAAGAAAUCUUCAUUGGUAGAGGUGAGAAUCUUAAUGAAGCUUAUGAUAAAGUAUUGAGUAAUAUCUCAACUUAUAAAAUGGAAUAA